AUGGAUAAUAUAGAAAAUCACAGCGGAAAAAAGUAUGAAUAUUUAAGCAACAACUAUGAUACCGUGUACAACGAAACAGAAGAAGAGAGAGAUGCCAUGAGUAAGAAUUAUCAUAGUGGUAUGAAUUACAGCUAUGGCCAAAACUUGUUAAAUAAAAGUAACGGUACAGGUAUGUAUGCGAAUAGCAACAUGAAUAGUCAUAUGAAAAAAGGCGCGCACAGCGCCACCAACGGCAUGAAUGGGAACUUCCACUAUGCCAAUAACAACAAAAAAUAUAACUCCACUAUGGAGAAAGAAAAAUUAAUUAGCAAUAAAUCCAUGUACAACAAGAGCAAGAGCAACUAUAACAAUAUCAACUAUGAUAGUAACGAGGAAGACUGCUCUGAAACGCAUUACCAUUUUGAAAAUAAAUACAAUUCGGAUAAGGAUUUAGAAAAUAAUCGUAUCCUAAUAGAGCCUGACGAGUUAAUGACAUCAAGAAGGAGUCAUAUGAGAACCAAACUGCAAGUGCUAAUAAAGGUACUAAUAAUUGUGGCCAUUUUUUUUCUCCUAGUAUUUUUGAUAACAAAAUUUAAAAAAUUUUUAGACUUAAUUAAUGUAGUUAUAAAGUGGGUAGGAGAACAAGGUUCCUGGAGUAUCCUCCUGUUCAUUUUGUUAUUCACCUUUACGUCCCCCCUGUUCAUGUCAGUCGAAAUUAUGUGUGUUGGCGCGGGACUUAUAUUCUCAGGAGUUUACGGAAAAUUUUUGGGCAUAAUUGUCGCCGUUUUUUCUGUUGCCACUGGAUACGUUUUGGGAAUGUCACUAUGUUUUUUCAUUUCAAGAUAUUUAAUGCAUGAAUUUAUUUAUAAGAAGCUAAUGGUUUAUCCGAUUUACUUAGCAUUUAAUCAAGCCAUAAAUUCCAAUGGGCUGUCUUUUGUCCUGUUGAUUCGUUUGUCUCCUAUUUUGCCAGCCUCUGUUGUUAGCUAUAUACUGGGCGUUACGUCCCUCAAGUACAAGGACUUCGCGCUGGGAUCCGUCUCUGCCUUGCCCAGUAUAAGUAUAUUUGUCUACAUUGGUGUUUUGCUUCAGGAUAUUUCCAACAUAUCUGAAAUGGAGAACCACUGGGCCAACCUCAUCGUCCUCUUCAUUGGCUUCAUCCUGGGAGUAGUUGCCAUUGCUUACAUUUCCGUCGUGACCAAGCGCAGAUUGAACAACUUGAACAUAAUGAACUCGUCGCUGUCGACCACCAACAUCGACAUCGAGUGA